CUACAUUCGCGAAGUCGUCCUCGCCGCCUCCUGUUUUCCGGUCGCCACCCACGUGUUCCCGGUUUCCCGGUCCUUGCUGCGGUGCUGCAUCACGGCAUCGGAAGCUGCGCGUAGAGAACGCCGAUUGGUAUCAACUCUUGCCGGUGUCGUCAAGGCCACGAAACAUGGGCGACCAAAAGCACCGAUUCCUCAUCCUCGGAGGGACUGGAUUUGUAGGACGACACCUAGUUGACCAUUUGCUCAAGAGCGAUGUUGCCUCAAAGAUCAGAGUUGUGGACAAGGUUCCUCCACAAAUGGCAUGGCUGAACAGUGCCCAUAAGGCAUUAUAUGAAAAUCCAGCUGUGGAAUUCAAGAGUGCGAAUCUCAUCAACCCAGCCUCGUGCAAAGCAGCAUUUGAAGACCCAGAAGGGCCAUACGAUUUUGUGAUCAACCUAGCAGCAGAGACAAAAAUCAACUUGCCGGAGUGCGUAUAUGAAGAAGGAAUCUUAAAACUAAGUAGGAAUUGUGCUAGGGAGGCGCUCGCUCACCAUCCAAAACGGUACAUUGAAAUUUCGUCUGGUUACAUAUACUCCGAGGGGAAGAAGCCAGCGCAAGAAAAUUCCUCGUUGGAACCUUGGACCGUUACAGCUCAGCUAAAGCGAGCAGUGGAGGAAGAUCUGAAAGAGAUGAAAGAUCUGGAUUACGUAAUAUUGCGACCCGCCAUUGUCUACGGUGUUGCCGACAAGCAUGGUAUCGUUCCGCGCAUUCUAGUAGGUGCUGUCUACAAGCACCUGAAGGAAACGAUGAAGCUUUUGUGGACCAAGGAUCUCAGGAUGGACACAGUGCACGUAUCAGAUUUGUGCCGUGCCAUCUGGCACGUGUGUCUUCACGGGAAGUCUGGAGACAUCUACAACGUGGUCGACCAGGGGAAUACGACUCAAGGAAAAGUGACUGAGAUCAUCUCUGAAAGGUUCUCAAUUAAUCACAGCUACUGGGGAACUGCUGCUUCACUUCUGGCAAAAGAACUUCUAACAGACAGGAAUCUGUGCUUGGAUGGGAGCAAGCUUGUUGGCACGGGUUUCAAGUAUCUCGUUCCUGAGAUGACGAAGGAACGAAUUAACGAAAUAGUCGAGGACUACGUUGAGAUGAACUUGUUUCCAAGGUCACUGCUUCUGUGAUGCAACGGUGAUGAUGAGCAAAGCGAAGUGGACAGAAGUGCUAGUCAACUUCUGGUCAUCUACAGAUAACUAUAAACGUGCCUUGCAAGUAUUUCUACACGUCAACGACAGCAGCCAUCACCCCUGGUGGAACGUGCAAGCCGGUUUUUUCUUGCCCGGCUUUUGUUAGGCCAUUUACAGCUUGUAAGCCGGAGGAGUCCUAUUCUCUCUCUAUGCAGUACGUGUAGUAUGUUACAUUCCACAAACGAGUUUUUGCUUGCAUUGUUGAAGCCUGUGAAAAUGCCUUUGAUGCUCUCUGAAGCUUUUGCCUGCAGUCUAGCCGAUUGUAUUCUUUUGUGAUAUGAUGGUUCAAUAAACGUUUUUAAGCCGUUGUGCCAAA